GUUUCAAAAGUCAACUAUAACCAACUGGAGCCACUUUUUCAUAUGAACAGUUCCAGUCCAACUUCUGACCCGAAUUCAGAUGAUUCGGUUCCAACCCGAACCAACCAAGACAUAGCGAUACUAGCAUCGGCUAAGCCGAAAAAGAAAGCCGGUCGAACAAAGUUUAAGGAGACCCGACACCCGGUUUAUAGAGGCGUACGGAUGAGGAACCUAAAUAAAUGGGUAUGUGAGGUACGAGAGCCGAAUAAGAAGACGCGAAUAUGGCUUGGAACAUACCCGACUGCUGAGAUGGCAGCUCGAGCACAUGACGUGGCAGCUUUGGCAUUACGUGGCAACUCAGCUUGUUUGAAUUUUGCUGACUCUGUUGGGCGGCUGCCUGUGCCAGUUACUAAUGAUGCAGCUGGCAUUCGUCGGGCAGCUGCCCAGGCGGCCGACUUGUUUCAGCCGAAAGCGAAAUAUAUGGAGGUGGAGAGCUCUGAUGGAACUUCAGAUGCGGAAGGGAUGACAAAUGCUGACGUGGAAGUCGAAGAAGCGGGAAUGGAUCAAAUGAAUAUGGAUGAGGGAGAUUACAGAUAUGUAGAUGAAGAGGCAGUGUUUUAUAUGCCUAGAUUAAUUGCUGACAUGGCAGAGGGUAUGCUGUUAUCCCCACCUCGUUGCUUUGGUGGAUGGAGUUCAGAUGACGUGGAAAGUCCACAUGCCGAUAUGUCACUUUGGAAUUUCUCCAUUUGACUUCUAGUCAAACUUAAAAUGGAAGCCAAUUAACA